AUGAAUGUUAUUUCACAGCCAAUUCUUCAGCAUCCUGGCUCGCCGCAGAACUAUCCCUUGCCAGAGUCGUCGACGUUCUCUCCGGUGAACACAGCAGCUGGCAACUUGCCAAACCCUCCGCUUCCGCAGAACUUUGCUGUCAUUACGCAAGAACCUGAACAUGGCGCUGUGGACCAGAAUGCGGGCUUGACAGUUCAACGUCAAGUGAGCGCUGUCAGCCAGGUGUCGUCGCUCCACCCCUCUCCUCCGCAACAGCAGGAACACACUAUCGCCAAUGUAAUUAGCGGUGGUAUCAAUACCCUGCCAAGCCAGUCAUCGCCACAUGCAUCGUCUCCUAGCCCCCAAAUCACUCCCGACCGAAAUGUCAGCCCUGAGCCGCCUGCUCCACAGUCACCUGUGAACCUGAACGUCAAUAUCCAGGCGGCAAACAAUGUUCAGGAGGAGAACAUUUACGAUGCUACUCCGCGCAACUCGGUUCCGCCUCCUUCGCGCCAGCAGCAGCCUGCGGAUGUAGUCAUUGAGUCUCCAUCAGCAGAGCCGGCGUCCAAGUUUGCGGGACGGCCUCAAGAUCACGCCGACACCAGAUCGACCAUAUCUGCCAGGUCGGAUGAGCGGCCAAAGGAUCUUGUCAUUGAAACCGCCCCUCCUGUGAGCGAAAAUACGGCAAACGGCCACCACGACAGGCCCGAAAGGCCUGCGAAUGGUAACGGGAAACCGGUUCAGUCCUCAGCAGACAUCUUUGAAGAGAUGAAGCGGAAGCAGCUGUUGAGGGAGCAGGAGGAGAAGAUUCCUGUCAAUCCGACUGAGCCUGACAUGCAUGCUGCACUGGCUGCCGCCGCGAAGAAGAAGGACGAGGAUGACGUCCCGCAAAUGAGUGCCACAAGCUACCCUGGACAAGAGUGGAAUCCGUAUGGCGGCGCGGAGUACGAAGACUGGAAUGACUGA